UGUUGACAGUGGUUUGGUGGUAUUAUCGACUUAAGGCUCUUAUUGACUGCAUUGGGACACAGCCAGUUGUCUAAUUUGAUUGAUUUUCUUAUCUCUUGUAUUAUUGUCCAGCUGUCGCGUGCCCUAAACAAUUUACCUCCCUUACUUGACUGCCCCAACCAGCUUAUCAUCAAUCUGUACAACCAGAUCUCGACCACCAGUCGAUCGCAACUAGUUGAACCCCUUGCGCCCCUCCCAAUGCAACUGUACUUUUGCCCAUAGUACGGAGUAACUGACAAUGUUUUUAAAAACGCUAUUUUCUUCGCGCCCGCGCAAUUACACUUUGCUUCAGCCCGUGCACCACAGCCCUACGGAAUUCGCGAUGCAAACGUCCAAAGCAGACAAGGUCGUCACCACGGCCGCCGAUGGCGACGUCGCAGCAGGCAAUCUGGAUGCGGACUCGAGAAGGCUGGCCGAGAUGGGCUACACCCAGGACAUGCAACGGAACUUCUCCGUGAUAUCUUUGCUGGGCGUGGCCUUCUCGCUAGCCAACUCGUGGUUCGGGAUCUCCGCCUCGCUGAUCACCGGUAUAAAAUCAGGUGGAACCGUAUUGACCAUCUAUGGAAUUCCCUGGAUCGCCUUCGUCUCGACCUGCGUCGCCGUCACGCUGUCCGAGCUAGCCUCGGCCAUGCCCAACGCCGGCGGACAAUACUUCUGGGCCAGCGAGCUCGCCCCCAAAAGAUACGCCGCAUUCGCCUCCUACCUCACCGGAUGGCUCGCCUGGGCGGGCGCCAUCUUCACCUGCGCCAGUGUGGCCUUAAGCCUAGGCUCCGCCGGCGUCGGCAUGUGGCAGCUAUCCCAUCCAGACUUCGUCCCCAAGCCCUGGCACUCCGUGGUCGCCUACGAAGUCAUCAACCUCUUCUCCUUCCUCUUCAACUGCGUCGGCAAAGCCCUCCCCACCGUAGCCACCGCAACGCUGUACAUCUCACUCAUCUCCUUCGCCGUGAUCCUCAUCACCGUGCCAGCCGCCGCACCCACGCACGCCAACGCCCACUUCGUCUUCGCCAACUUCGUCAACUCGACCGGCUGGCCCUCCGACAGCCUCGCCUUCCUCGUCGGCCUUAUCAACCCCAACUGGGUCUUCGCCUGUCUCGACUCCGCCACCCACCUGGCCGAAGAAGUCUCGCACCCCGAACGCUCCAUCCCCAUCGCCAUCCUCUCCACCGUCGCCAUCGGCUUCACCACCUCCUGGUUCUACUGCAUCGCCAUGUUCUUCAGCGUCCACGACCUCGCCCCAAUCCUCUCCUCGCCCACCGGCGUCCCCAUCCUCGCCCUCUUCCACCAAGCCCUGCAAAGCAAACCCGGCGCCAUCGCCCUCGAAUCCCUAAUCCUGAUCACAGGCAUCGGCUGCCAGAUCGCCUGCCACACAUGGCAGUCCCGUCUCUGCUGGUCCUUCGCCCGCGACAACGGCCUCCCCUUCUCCCGCUUCCUGGCCAAGAUCCACCCCGUUCUCGACGUGCCCCUCAACGCCCACGCCGUCAGCUGCACCAUCGUCGCCCUCCUAGGCCUCCUGUACAUCGGCUCCUCGACCGCCUUCAAUAGCAUGGUCUCGGCGUGCAUUGUACUGCUCUACUCCAGCUAUGUCGUGCCCGUCAUCGCCCUGCUCUACAAGGGAAGGCGGAAUAUUCCCCAUGGUCCCUUUUGGUUGGGGAAGCUCGGCUGCUUCUGUAAUUGGGUCGUCCUCGCUUGGACGGCGUUUUGUUUGGUCGUUUAUUCGUUUCCGAGUGUUUAUCCCGUUACCCCUGCGAAUAUGAAUUAUGUUUGUGUGGUGUAUGCCGUUGUAGGGGCCAUUGUUGCGGUGGAUUGGGUAAUGAGAGGGAAGAGGAGGUUUGGGGGUCAGCACCAGGAGGUGGAGGAGCAUUAUACUGAUUAAUGGAUUGUAUUCUGCUUUUACUUGUUUGAUUCUAAGGUAGAUCGUUGCAUGCAUGGUGUUGUAUUAGAUAUUAAGGAUCGGGUUUCAUAUUCACAGAAUAGAAGCGUAUAAUACAUAAUCCUCGACUCCAGGAUG